AUGAUUGAAAAUUCAAUAGAUGAAAAUUGCCACGUAUCCUUAAAUCCAAAAAAUUGGUUAAAAGAAUUCGAAUAUACAAAAAUACACGAAAAUGACUUAAACGAAGUUUUAAUGAAUUACUUUUGUGUGCAUCGAAUGUAUGAUGUUGCAUACGAAUUUAAAAAAGAAGCUAACGUUAAACCUGAUAUGCCAAUAGAUACAAUAAAAACACGCUAUUUAAUUCAAAAUGAAAUAAUGAACAAUAAAAUAGAAAAGGCUAUUGAACAUAUAAAUAAUUUAGAUCAAGGAAUUUUAAAAAAACAUAAAGACAUAAUUUUUUUUCUUAAAAAACAACAGUUACUAAAAUUGAUUUUAAAUAAUAAUAUUAAUGAAGCAAUAAUAUAUUCUCAACAAGAAUUAGCCCCAUAUCCUUCACUAAUUAACGAAAUAGAUGAUGUCAUGAUGCUAAUGGCUUAUCAAGAUCUGAAUAGUGAGGAAGCUAAAAAGUUAAUACAAAAAAUAGAAAAGAAAAAAAAUACAUUAAAAAGAAUUGAUGACAUUAUUUUAAGUUAUUACAAUGUUGAUAAAAGUACAUUAGAAUAUAUAGUUAAAAAUGUUUUUUUUACUCAAAAUAUUUUAAGUUCAAAGUACCCAUGUAGUAUACCAAAACUAAAAAAUUUGAAAACAGGAUAUAUAGAAUAUUAUGAAAAAUAUAAAAAAAAAAAAAAAAAGAAUUCAGAGAAAAAAAACAGAAAUAAGAAUAAAGGAAAGACAGAAAAUUUUGAUGAUCAAAAUUUUGAAAAUAUUUCAAAAAGUUUUGAUGCAGCAAAUGACGAGGAUUAUCGUUCUGUUUGA